AUGUCCACAGACCUAGGGCUUGACCCUUCUGACCCUCUCAACCUCCUCCUGCAUAACACUUCCCAGGGUGCAGACUCUUCGACCAGCACUGAUUCUUCACAGAUGGAAAAUGGAAGCGCAGAGGACUGGUCAAAGUUCAGUGCUCUUUGGGCGGAAGUCAGCGACCAGCAGCAGCAACAACACACAAAUGCAGCGAUGAAGCCAUACCCCGACAUGAUGGAUUUUACGGAUCUCAGCGCUUUGCCUAUGGACAUGGACUUCAACCCUUCCAUGUCUAUCGAACCCAGUGCGCUGCACUACGACUCGAUGAAAUUCACGCACCCGGGAAUGUCCUUCUCCUAUGAUGAUCAGUAUGGGCUCUCGAGCGAGUUGUUGGCUUCACAAUUUCCUUUUACCUUCCAGUUCAACGGAGAAGAUAUGUCGAGCUCUUCAUCCUCGGCUUCCCCCCCUUCCUCCACCAAAGAACGCAGGUUGAGCAUUACCUCGUCGUCUUCGUCCUCGGGUGCUUCAUUCUCGCCGGUGCCAGAAUCAAUUCCCAGCCCUCCUACUUACAAUGAUGUGGCCCAUGACUUACAAUACCCCGAUGCCACUGCUCCUACUACCUUCAGUGACCCAGCUGCGGAACUUGCCCAACGGGUUCGCCAAUCUGCAGGCGUAAUGCUCGCCGUUCCCAUGAAUUCCCAAUUACAGAAUCCAGGUGCCCAGCUACCAGCCAAUACGUCCCAAUCUAAACUGCCUAUUCCCCGACUUCCCCGCCACAACUCUGUGACAUCCAAAUCUACACCUUCGACCUCAUCCUCAGCCGCAUCCACUCCCCCUCCGUCGACCCCUCCCCCUGCCAACUCGUUCAAGCUAAGCCUCAACACGGCACCCACUGCUCUUGCCCCACAAGAGCCCACAUCCACUCCCGUUGCCGCAACCCCCGCCAGUGCUCUUCCUCGGCCCAAGACAAGCCAUACGACUAUCGAGCGUCGGUACCGUACAAACCUCAACGCCCGCAUCCAGAGCCUGCGCAUGGCCGUGCCAGCGCUGCGUGUUCUCGAGGACCGCGAGGGCGGCAACGGAAAGAAGAUAAAGAAAAACGUCAAAGGCAGCGUCCCGAUCAAGGGCACAAACUGCGCGGGCAUCAUCGUCGACAGUGUCGGCGAGGACGGGCAGGGCGUCGUGGAUAUCAUAGAUGAGAGAGGCUUUGUAGACGGUGUCAAGGUAGCGAGGAAGUGUAGCAAGGCCAAUGUGCUUGGAAAGGCGGUAGAGUAUAUUAGGGUACUGAAGAAGAGGGAGCAAAGGUUGAAGGCUGAGCAAGCAGGGUUGAAGAUGCUUGUAGCGGGUCUCGUUGGCGGUCCGGCGCUCGUACGAGAGUGGGAGAAGGAGUGGAGGGCCAAGUUUGGAGGGGAGGAGAAAGACGAGGUCGAAGGCGAUGACGAGGCCGACGAUGAUGACGACAGUGAGGAUGAGGAUGGAAGUGGUGAUGAGGACGGCGGUAGGAAGAGAAAAAGACCAAAAGCAUCGGCAGCCCCCGUAAAGAAGCCUGCGGAGAAGAAGAAGGCUGUAACUACCACCCCGCUCGUCCACACAACAAGCGGCGAGCAAGACGGGAGUACUGUUCCGGAAAAGAGAAAGAGAGGUCGACCGAGAAAGGUUCUUCCUCCUCCUGUUACUCUGGCCCCUACCGCAUCGCAAGAGGUCCCGGUUCCCACUGCACAGGACGAGGUCAUGCAACCGCCUAUGGCGCAAGCAAUGUGGACGCAACCACAACCCCAACCGCAACAAUUCCUCCUCGCCGUCUUCGCGUUGUUCUCAUUCUUCAACUCUCCUUUGACUUCUUCAACACCUUCGGCUUCGCAUCAACAUACCGGAACUGUUCUCUCUUCCCAUCCCCCUCUGGCAUAUGCACCUGAAAUUUUAUCCCUAUUCCCGGAGCCGAAUGCGUCCUCCUCAUCUCCAUGGGCAUGGAGGGAGUAUGCCCAGGUCGUUCAUCUUAUCGUCUCACUUUUGGUUUUGGCAAGUUUAGUUGCCAACUGGUUGGGUCUCGGCAAGGCCGUCGCGCGUGGACGCAGCCUAUCUUUCCGGGUCGUGAAAGGCGCGGCGAGCAAAACAAGAGCUCACGCGGGCCCAUUCAGCUGGUUUGACCUAGGCGAAGCCUCUGUAUUGGAAGGCCGUGCCGCUUCAUUGACUUUCUACGAGCGUCUGCAAAUCUACCGUUCUGUCUCAUCACGUGCCUCUGCAACGACCUCGCAGUUAGUCACCUCCGCCUUGGCCAUCUAUCGUACUCCCGGUCUGUUGGGUAGCAUAGCGCGCAUUCAGUCCCGCUCCAUCUGGUCAGCCGCUAACUUGCAAGCUCAAAAUACACUCCCGAUUCGCAAACAUGAAGCGCUCGUCUUCAGAGAACUCGAACUGGACACUGCAACCGCGCUUCUUACCACUGCGUCUGACGCCGACAAGACGGACGGGGAGCGAGCCUUGGCGCCUAUCGAGGUCCUCGCGGGCUUGGUUGUUAAGCAGCGCGUUAAAGCUCAUCUUGGGCAGUUGUUUGUCAACCUUGUUGAGGCUGAGGAUGCACUUUUCGAGGAUGGCAAGGAGAAAGAGAAAGAGGAAAAGGAGUGGAGGCGUACUAUCGACGCGGCGCGCGAGCUAGGCGGGCAGGUUGCGCAGCUUGGCACCCUGUUCGAGCGCGUCUGGAAGGCCUCGCCGAGUGCGCUGGAGGAGGCAGAAAUCGAGCUCGAGCUUGGCGAAGAAGGAAGCAAUGAGGUCAAGGCGCUGCUGGUCGCUGUUAUUCUGUAUAGGCGCUUGUUCGACUAUAGUCAUGGGUGUGCAUCUCCAAGCUCCUCAACGUCGACGUUGUUGAUGAGCCCACCCCCGAGUCCGACGUCGAAGACGGCGCAGGCGAGGAAGAAAAUGAUGUUGAAGCUCAGGACAGCCCUUGGAAAUCGUGUGUUUGAGGCUGAUGAGCAGAAGCAAGAUGAAGCUGAGGUGGAACAAGGAGAAGAAACGCAAAAAAUGGGAUUAGAAGACGCAAGAGAUAGAGUGGUGGAUCUGAUAGUGGAAUUGGAAAGGAAGGAGAGGAGGUCGAGCACACCGUCUUGCUCGACUACAGCAGAUAUGGGCGCAGCUGGCCAGCACACUGUGAACACCACCGAGAGGCUCACGAAGCUGCGCGAGUUGAUGCAAAAGCAAGACAUAGAUGUGCAGGCUGUUGUUAUCCCGAGCGAAGAUCAGCACUCGAGCGAGUAUCUGGCGCAUUGCGAUGAGCGGAGAGCGUUCAUCUCGGGGUUCAACGGGUCCGCAGGAUGUGCGAUCGUCACUCUGGAUAAAGCAUACCUGUUCACCGAUGGUCGAUACUUCCUGCAAGCGGAGAAGCAGCUUGAUCAGAAUUGGACGCUGAUGAAGCAAGGUCUUCCGGGAUCAGAUGUACCAACAUGGCAGGAGUUUUUGCACAAGAAUUUAGAAGGAAAGACCAAGAUCGGGAUCGAUGCUACUCUCAUAUCCGCCUCCGACGCGGAAAGUCUGAACAAGCAGCUGGCUCCUAAAGAAUCCUCGCUGGUCUCGCUCUCCAACAACCUCGUCGACGAGAUUUGGACAGAUAGACCUGCACGACCUGCGAACCCCGUCUUCCACCUUGACGAAAAAUACUCCGGUCAAUCUCAUUUGGAAAAAGUGGAGAAGAUCAGGGAAGAGUUGGUAAAGAAGAAGGCCAAGGCUGUUGUUGUCACGAUGCUGGACGAAGUCGCUUGGUUGUUCAAUCUUAGAGGAUCCGAUAUUGAUUUCAACCCUGUGUUCUUUGCUUAUGCCGUGGUGACGACUGAGAAGGUUACUCUUUUCAUUAAUGAAAAACAGCUCGACGAUACUGCCCGAGGGUACUUGGAAAAGCAUGUGGAAAUUAAACCUUACGAUUCGUUCUUCGACCACCUUAAAGGACUCCCCAGUACGCUCGACCUCAAAGAUGAUACGACAAUUCUUCUAGGAGAUAAAGCUAGUCUGGCAGUUGCUGAAGCUCUGGGCAAGAACACCUACACGAUUGUGCGCUCACCCGUCACGGACCUGAAAGCUAUCAAGAAUGCCACAGAGCUUGAAGGAUUCAGACAAUCGCAUAUUCGCGAUGGCGCCGCUCUGGCACGAUACUUUGCCUGGCUAGAGGAACAGCUGAAUAACGGCGCGGAGAUCAACGAGAGUCAAGGGUCUGACCAGCUGGAGAAGUAUCGCUCGGAACUUGAUCUGUUUAAAGGAUUGUCGUUUACAACUAUCUCUUCUACUGGUCCUAACGGAGCUAUCAUUCACUACUCUCCUGACCCCAACGAUUGUGAUAUCAUCAAGAAAGAUCAAAUCUACCUUUGUGAUUCUGGAGGACAAUAUUUGGAUGGAACUACGGACGUUACGCGAACUUGGCACUUUGGCACCCCAACAGAUGAAGAGAAGCGCGCAUUUACGCGCGUAUUACAAGGACACAUCGCUAUCGACACCGCUGUUUUCCCCAAUGGAACUACGGGUUACAUCAUUGACGCUUUUGCUCGUCGAGCAUUGUGGCAAGAUGGACUUGACUUCAGGCACGGCACAGGACAUGGCGUAGGCCACUUCCUGAACGUUCAUGAAGGGCCUCAAGGUAUCGGUACACGGAUAACUCUCAACAACGCACCUCUCAAGCCCGGCAUGACCGUCUCAAAUGAACCAGGCUAUUACGCCGAUGGUCGGUUUGGCAUCCGGAUUGAGAACGUUGUUCUAGUCACAGAAGCCAAGACUCCUAAUAACUUUGGAGAUAAGGGUUAUCUUGGAUUUGAGAACGUUACGAUGUGCCCUAUCCAGGUAAAACUCAUUGACACCAGCCUGCUGACUCCACAGGAGAAAGCUUGGGUGAACGCGUAUCAUGAAGAAGUCUUUUCCAAGGUGUCUCCGUUGCUUCAGAACGACCAAAGAGCGCUACAGUGGUUGACACGAGAGUGCAAAAACCCCAUCUAG